AUGAACACACAUGCAGAUGAAGACACAGGCCAGUCCACCAAGUACUAUUUUGCCUAUGGAAGCAACCUCCAUCUGCAGCAGAUGAAAAAAAGAUGUCCUGGAAGCAAGUUCAUCGGCUCUGCAAAGCUUGUAGACUACAGAUGGCAGAUCAAUGAGCGCGGAUACGCCAAUGUCACUGAGGCCCAAGGCCACUGGGUUGAAGGCUUGGUCUAUGAGAUCAAUUCUCGCGACGAGGCUCGUCUCGACGUCAAUGAAGGCGUUUCCAAGGACGCAUACAGAAAACAAUACAUGUCAGUCUUGCUACGGCGUGCUGAUUCUGCAUUGUACCGCCGGCCUGUGCCUUGGAUCGUGAACAAUGGCGGUCCAGACCAGGCGAGAAUUGUAGCCCAGCAAAGCACCGGGCAGGGCAGACUCAUGGUCCACAAGCCUCAUUUGGAACACAACAUACUGGUAUAUAUCAGCCCAAGAUAUAUCGUCGACAGUGAUCCCAAGGAAGAAUACAUCGACCGAAUCAACAUGGGAAUUGCCGACGCCAGAGCGCUGGGGGUCAGUCACGACUACAUCAGCAACUGUGUUCGACCCUUUAUCCCAGUGACAUCCACCCAGAACCCGGGACCGUCUGGGACAACAACUAACACAGCGGCAGCUAAUAAGCCAAAAGUUGUGAAAAAGGCUCCCGCUCCCGCUCCUACUCCUUCACCGGCCAAAAAAGCCAAGCAACCUGCCCUCGAGAUCAAGCGCGCAGCUACACCUAGAGACAGAGACCCGUCGCCAAACAAGACAACCAGCCCAAGGCCCCCGCAGCAGCAGCAGCAGCAGCAACAGCCUCAGUCCCCAGGGCCUUAUAAUCAGCGUUUCCCGAGAAAUUCUGCACCCGGCGGUCUUGACCGGCCUAUGCGACCUUCGCAGUCACGCUCUCAUGCAUCACCAGCGCCACCACUCCCCCAACGGCCAGCCUACCCCGGAGUUACUCUGCGGGUCCCUACUUCAAACCGGCCACGGCCUGUGUCAGAUGUUGGCGCGCCGGCGGCUCCCUUGCCUCCCUUGCCUCCCAGGCCUCGCCGAGUACGGAGCAUACCAGUCAUUGUUGUGCAGGAAAGUUAUAGUGGUUACUGGUAUCGAUAA